CGCAUUCUGAUUGGCCUCUCUUUCUCACGCGAGGGACGUCACAUUGAAACGCAACAAUAUCCAGAAAAUCCAGCCAGCUCGACUCAGUCAAGUCAGUCCACUGGAACGACAGCUCCACUCCGACAAAAAGACUCUUGAAGGACACCCGCUCGUCGCUUACACAAACAGGUCCAGCAGUGAGUCUCGUGUUCUGCUGUGAAUUCACGGAGAACAGUUUUGGAGUCAGGCGUCCUCUCGGUCCAGUGUGGUCUAGCAGUAUUAAGAAAGAGCAGAAGCAACAGGAAGCAAGCUGGACGGAGGGGAGGCGAGGGAGGACAAGGGCGCCGCCUUUGUCCUGAGACACAGAGUCUGCACCAGCAGCGAUAUCGACCCCACCCACACAUCCAACUCAGAUGACCAGGACAUCAUGAGUCCUAGUGCAGAUCACCGAUCGGACGACCCCACACAGAACGGGUGCCUUCUUUCGAGGAGGGUGGUACAUGAAAAGGAGGAGCAAACGACAGAAAGAGAAGAGGAAGAUGAGGAGGAAGAGGAGAAGAGCUCUGACGAAGGCCUUCUGCUACAGGCACACCACGCCAUGGAGAGGAUGGAGGAGUUCGUGCACAAGAUGUGGGAGGGCAGAUGGCGUGUCAUUCCUCAUGAUGUCCUCCCUGAUUGGCUGAAGGAUAAUGACUACCUGUUGCAUGGGCACCGGCCACCCAUGCCUUCCUUCAGAGCCUGCUUCAAGAGCAUCUUCAGAAUCCACACGGAAACGGGCAACAUUUGGACACAUCUUCUGGGCUGCCUGUUCUUUCUCUGUCUGGGCAUCGUGUACAUGUUCAGACCCAAUAUGUCGUUCGUGGCACCAUUCCAAGAGAAGAUCGUCAUCGGCAUGUUCUUCCUGGGGGCCAUUCUCUGUCUCUCCUUCUCCUGGCUCUUUCACACAGUCUACUGCCACUCGGAGGGGGUGUCCCGUGUCUUCUCAAAGUUAGACUAUUCGGGCAUCGCGUUCCUGAUCAUGGGCAGUUUUGUACCGUGGCUGUAUUACUCCUUCUACUGCUCCCCCCAGCCCUGUUUCAUAUACCUGAUAGUGGUGUGUAUCCUGGGGAUCGCUGCCAUCACCGUCUCACAGUGUGAUUUCUUUGCCACGCCACAGUACCGCGGAGUCAGAGCCGGUGUGUUUGUGGGUCUGGGCCUCAGUGGAGUUGUUCCCACGCUGCACUUUAUGAUCACAGAGGGCUUCCUGAGGGCCACCACCAUGGGUCAGAUGGGCUGGCUGUUCCUCAUGGCCGUCCUGUACAUCACCGGAGCCUGCCUGUACGCCGCGCGCAUACCCGAGAGAUUCUUCCCUGGCAAGUGUGACAUCUGGUUCCACUCCCAUCAGCUGUUCCAUAUCCUGGUGGUGGCAGGUGCGUUUGUGCACUUCCACGGCGUGUCCAACCUGCAGGAGUUUCGCUACACAGCCGGCGGAGGCUGUACGGAAGAGGACGCCGUGUGAGACUAUUGACCUGCGGUGCUUGAAACGCACCACUAGAGGGAGACAAUGUUCCUCUUACCUUUGCCGCCAAUAACAGCUCUGUUCCUCCUGCCCGUGAGGGGUAAACCUAAGAGGACAGCACUGAAUGACGAAGUUACCCACCUUUAUUAUUAUUACUAUUAUUAUUAUUUCUCUCUUUCCAUUUUUGUUUGUUCUCAAUUUUGCCCCCUUAAAUAAAAUGCAUCAUGGGAUAAGGUGGACACAGGAUGAGGAUGGAAAUUUGUGAUUCCUAUGAUCAUACAUUUAGGAAGAGGAGACUUUUUUUUUUUUUGGCUUGGUCUAUUGCUGUUUUUCUUUGUACAAGAAAAAAGCGUUGAACAGACAAAACUGGAAAACAAAAAAAAACCUCAUGUGUGAACAUUUCUUGGGGUGGGCAGUUAGCCAUUUUAAACUUUUUCAUGUAAAUAAGAUUUCUAAAAUUUGGGUUAUAUAGAUUUGUACGAAAAUAAAGUUAUAAAAUGUUUUUAAAAAAUACAUCAUUAUAUCAUUAUAUUGUUUGUUUGGCGGAGGGAAAAGAGAGAACGUGUUAUUCCAGGGAAAGAGAGCAGAUCAAGAAAAAGCCACUGUUUAAGUGGACAGAUGAAGUCUCAGGCGAAAGUGGCCUUCUAGAUGUCUCAGUGUGCUGUUAUCCUAAGCACAGCUGGUAAAAGCUAUAUAUAAAAACGCACCUGUAGGACAGAAGGACGCCUUGCACCCGAUGGAGCCGCCAGGAUUCAUAUCUCUGUCAGUGCGGUUUCCUUCAACACACAGAAGGCCAGUUUUCCAUCUUUAGAUUCUUUCUCUCUUUCUCUCUCUGUUCUGUUUGUUCUCGUUUUAUUCAUCUUUGUGGAUGUUGAUUCAACCUGGUUUGAAAAGAAAAAAAAAAAGAUGAGACUUGCUGUUGCGAAGUACACAAAAUCAUACUCGAGCAGUGCAAGGAUGCGUUCGUUGUGUAACGUUCUGUGUUUCACCAUCUGUACAUGAUAUAAUUUAUUAAAGUUUUCAUGGAAACAUUACGAGCUGUAAUAUUCCACAUUUAAACAAGGGCAAUGUUUGUUUUCUCAGAGAUUUUUACAUUGAUAUUUAUUUUAAUUUUAAAAUAAAUUAAAAAAAAAUUAAAACACUCA